AUGAGUCAAGGCGAUCAUGUGUGGAGCACAGACAUGUUGGAAGUUAGCGGCAGAUGGAUAGGGGAAGUUGGCGACAGUCCGCUCGUUCCUCUCACCUACUGUGAUGAAAAUGACAUCCACAAGAAGCUCGAUCUCGGCCCGAACACGACCAAUGUUUAUCAAGCUUUGAACAUCCUUGCCAGGUUCUGUGGAUUGUGCUGGUUGCUGAGUGAACAUCGGACGGAAGCUGGUGGUCUGCCCCCAACCGAAGAUGUUGAAAGAUGGGAGCUGCAUGGCUCGGACCUAGAUGAUCUGCCAGUUGAGCGGGAGAAGUCCUCGACCAAGCUUCCUCAUUCUUCCGUAAGGGGGUCUCGUCUGCUGAGAAUGUCCCUAUGGGAGUUGCUUUUUCAUCUGCUAGGAUCAAGCGCCUCAUCAGCGCGAACAGUAAGAAGAUCAAUGGCAUGCAAGAGGCCCGGGAUAUUUUGCUCAGGUAUCCGCUUGAACUACCUAAAACCCAUGAUCUACCUUAUGAGGAGGCUGUUGAGAAGCAGGGUUGGAGUUGCUUGUGCCGAUCCUGGGAUCCAACUGAGAGGACUGUACAUCUGUCUAGUAAUCACGACUCGUCUGCAAAGCCACGAACAGUCAAGCGCGGAGCUGACUCAAUGUUCCAAGUUACAGCCAAGAGAGCUAAAAAGUCGUCUGCUCGAGCAAAGAGUCCUUAAGUUGAGCGAACUGCCAAUCCAGAAGUUGGUGAUAGCUCCAUUGGUCAAGUUCAACACUCAUGUUGAAGCCACGGAGGCAUCCAAGCAUGAGAUUGUUGCUAAUGUGUACAAGUUGGGAUACUUGGAUUACAGGAACAGUGCUUCUCCUUGUUGCCCUCUCCAAUAUGAAGACGUUAAGCAGCUUUAUCUUGCUCCGCCCCCUGCUCAAAGUGAGCAGAGCAAUGUUGGGGAUGCAGAAGCAGUUGAAGAGCAGAUAGCAGAUGAAGCUGCAAUGGAGGAAGACAACUCCCAAUGUGGCGUAGCUGAUAAGGCUAGACCAGAUAUGAAGGAGCAGGCAGGUGAGGCCGUUGAGUAG